AUGCCCAAGGCCAUUAGAAAGAAGCUCGUUGUCGUUGGUGAUGGUGGAUGUGGAAAAACGUCACUGCUUGUAGUCUACCAGAAACAGCAAUUCCCAGUGGUAAUGUACCUGAAUCUGUCUUUCCCAUCUAUUUGCAUAAGUGAUGCUGGCACGAAAUAUGUACCUACAGUAUUCGAAAAUUAUAUCUCGGUUGUGCAUCUUGAUAACGGCAAGAGUGUCGAACUCGCCUUAUGGGAUACAGCUGGACAGGAAGACUAUGAUCGCUUGCGACCACUUUCAUACCCUGAAACCGAUGUUGUACUCAUAUGUUUUGCUAUCGACCAGCCUACCUCGUUCUCCAAUAUCCAGGAUAGGUGGUUGCCAGAGGUCGUUCACUUUUGCGAAAAGAUUCCAUUGAUUCUGGUUGGCAUGAAGAUUGAUCUUCGUAAAAACGACAAGCGCAUCAGCGAGCUGAAUGCGGUGGGUCAUAACCUGAUCUCAUACGAAGAGGGUAAUAAUUUGGCUAGAGAAAUCGGCGCAAAAUACUUUGAGUGCAGUGCAAUGGAGAAGAUCAAUGUCAAUGGUGUCAUUGAGGCAGCUACACUGGAGGCGAUGAAACCACGCGGAUUGACCAAGAAGCUUUGCAGUAUCUUGUAAGAAUUGGGCCUAUCCGGGAGAAAGAAAGAAGGGAGGAUGAGUAAAUCCUCGGGAAAACCCCACAACCAAACCACCUUGAUUUAGAGCUUUCUCUCUCCCUUUUCCCCUCCUCUAUUUUAUUUCAUUGCCUCUCCCAUUUUUUUUUCUGUUUUUUCUUUACAGACGUGACAUACUCCAUCCAUUCUGCUUAUAUUUCUUCAAUUGGGCUAUUCGUUGCUUGAUAUUAUAUUCAGAUGCUCUCUUUUUUUUUGUUUUAUUUCAAACUUGCCAUGUAUAACCCAU